AUGCGGCCCUUUGCAAAUGACAGAGAAACAGUGAUGACCCCCAUGCUGGGGGACAUAAAGCAGGUAGCAGAGAGGAGAGCUCCGCUGUCUGCUGCACUUCCAGAGGAGGAGGCCCCGCUGCAGGAGGAGCCGGGAGGCGGAGAAGAGGCCCCGCGAGUUGUGGAUUUGGAGCAGCUGGUGCCCGUGGGGGGCGUGUUCCACAUCUCUGUCCUGCGGCUGCCGCCCCAGGCCCAGGACGUCGGGGACUGGGUCAUGGUGGAGCUGCUGGAUGUUGGACUGGAGGAGUAUCCAUAUUCCCCAGGAAAGGCUGAAGAUGGCACACAGGAAGCAGUACAGAUCACCCUGAGGCUCCCUGAUAAUGUGAUUUAUUUUAAAGUGCCUGUGCUAGCCCGAUGGGAUCCUGCCGGCCAAUGGUGGAGAACUGAUGGCAUCAGCAAGAUAACCUAUGAAGCAGAAAAAAAGAGCAUCACCUUCAGCAUGGGUGGCUUUUCUACAGUAGCCCUUCUCCAGGAUGCUCACCUGAACCUGCCCUAUCAGGCCUGGGAAUUGCACCCUACUGGUGUGGAUGAAGGCCUCUUCACAAUUACUGCAGUCUUUGCAACCAUUCAGAUACAAAUUAAGGAUAAUCAGUGUAUGUUGUCUUCAGUAGUGGUGGAAGAGGAGGAGGUGCUUUCCCACAUCACAGGGAAAUGGAUGAGUCCUCUUGCCCUCAGAGCAGCUUUGAAAAGAGCUGGAGUGAACAUUUUCCCAGCAGAGCACUCUCCCAAGUAUGUCCCUGUGCCCAGGAAGGGUCCCCUGGCAGAAGUGAGGGCCUAUGAACAGAUGGCUCUGCUGGCAGCUGCUUUUGCUUUUGCUCACAGCAAGUGGAACGGAGAAGUGGGGCCAGAGCAAGUCAUGUUCAAGGUGAGUGAACAUCUGACAGCAGGUUCUGCCAAAGGCAACCACUGGUCUCUUUUGAUGUUCGAUGGUGAGAAAGUGCAACACCUCAAACUCACUGAAACCAGUGAAGCUUUUUCAGAAGAGGUGCGAGAAGAGUCUGAAUUUCACUCCACACUCUACCAUAUGGUCAAGGAUGCCAGCAAUGAAGCCAUGGAAAAAGUGGAAAGAGCUGGCUGCAUGUUCAUUGAUUCUGUGUAUCAGCUGCUCCUUGCUACCAGUCUUAGCAUACUCUUAGAUACUACUGCAUGCUUUCUUUCAAAACUUUAUUAUCAAAAGCUUUCAAUAAAGUUACACUUCAAGUCUUAAAUACUUUUCUAUUCAAAACAUUGAAACAGGUUCUGAAAUGCAAACAUUUUAUCUUUGUUCAAGCAAAAUAAAUUCUUUAUUCACUUGUGGCUAGACCACCUAGACAUGUUUAUUGUUAGCUAUGUUCAAAAAAUUGCUGUUCUUUUGUAAACCUCAGAGCUGAGAUCCUUCUAGCUGCUUUUAAAGAGGACUUUUGUCAGAAUAGGAAAUAUUUUUUUUCAGUUCAAGUCAUGCUUUAAAGAAAAAAAAACUUCAUCUGUCCCCAAAAAUACCCACAGCCCACCAGAACAAACCCAGACAAGUAACCUUAAAU